CUCCUCCGCAUGGACUGCGUGGGUAUCUGCGGGUCCGACGUGCACUACUGGCAAAGCGGCGCCUGCGGUAAUUUCGUUCUCAAGGAGCCCAUGAUUAUGGGCCACGAGGCUUCUGGAGUCGUUGCCAAGGUUGGUGCCAAAGUGAAGACCCUGGUACCAGGCGACCGCGUGGCGAUCGAGCCGGGCGUGCCGUGCCGCCACUGCGAGUUCUGCAAGUCGGGCCGUUACCACCUCUGCCCCGACAUCAUCUUCUGCGCCACGCCGCCCUGCGACGGCAACCUGGCGCGCUACUACAAGCACGCGGCCGACUUCUGCUACAAAUUACCUGACCACGUGACAAUGGAAGAGGGCGCUUUACUAGAGCCCCUGUCAGUGGGUAUCCACGCGUGUCGCCGCGCCGGCGUCACUGGAGGCUCCACCGUGCUCGUUCUAGGCGCGGGACCUAUAGGCCUGGUUAUCAUGUUAGCUGCUAAGGCGUUCGGCGCUAGCAAAGUCCUUAUCUCAGACAUCCACCAAAAUCGUCUGGACUUUGCCAAGAAGAUGGGCGCUGACGCGACCAUGCUGGUCACCCGCGACGAGAACGAAGCGGACUUAGUAGCCCGCACCCAUAAGCUGUUGGGCGAGCACCCAAACUUCAGUAUCGACGCUAGCGGCGCGCAGUCCACCGUGCGGCUUGCUAUGCUGGCGACCAAGUCAGGUGGUGCCGCGGUGCUGGUGGGCAUGGGCAGCCCUGAGCUGACUGUACCGCUCGCGAGCGCCAUGAGCCGCGAGGUCGACAUCCGCGGCAUCUUCCGCUACGUUAAUGAGUACCCCAUCGCGCUAGCAAUGGUGGCGAGCGGCAAGAUCAACGUGAAGCCGCUGGUGACGCACCACUUCUCGUUAGAGGACACCCAGAAAGCCUACGAGAUCGCGCGCCAGAGCGUCGGCAUCAAGGUCAUGAUUCACGUGCAGCCCAGGGACACCAACAACCCGCAGAAAUUCUAAAAUUGUUAUUUUUAAAACAACGAAUAAAUUGAUGAUAUUUUGAUUCCCAGUGGCCAAGAGUUAUUGAUUGUAAAAGAAGUGUAUCUACAAUCUAGUCUAUAACCACGUCUUUAAGUUUGACAGCA